AAAAAAAAUUAAACAAAAAUACAUAAAAUUAGACACAGAAAAUGUAUACAUUAUUUUAAAAUUUUCUAUUGUGAAUAUUUUCCGAGCACGACUCUGUAACAUCCCUGAAUUUAGGUUCAUCAAGCCAAUAUGGCGGACCUAUUUACCAAAUAUAACUGCACAAAUUGUCAAGAUGAUAUCACGGGUAUAUGGGUGCAUUGUGCCGAAUGCCCAGCUUUCGACCUUUGUCUGCAGUGUUUCGCUGCGGGAGCAGAAAUUGGAAACCAUCAACAGAGCCAUGCGUACCAGUUCAUGGACACGGGAACUGCAAUCUUGUCGAUUUUCCGUGGCAAAGGGUCCUGGUCAGCGAGGGAAGAACUUCGCCUGCUCGAUGCUAUCGAGAAGUACGGCUUCGGGAAUUGGGAAGGCAUAAGCAAACAUAUCGAAACGAAGAGUGCUGAGGAUUCUAAGGAGGAGUAUGUAAACAAGUAUUUAAAUGGCACAAUCGGUCGCCACACUUGGAUUCCCGCCCAAUCACAACGUCCACAGCUUGUCGACCACACAACUGAGGAUACCGGUCCUUUGGGCAGUACUGCCAUGCAAAAGCUGCCCCAACUCGAUAUAACUCCCGAAGAAUCGGCCCAACUUGGCUAUAUGGUCAACAGAGACGGAUUUGAGCGGGAAUAUGACCCAACUGCCGAACAGCUGAUAUCGUCGUUAACCCUUAACAUCGAUGAUACAGAACCUGACUAUCUGCUGAAGCUGGCACAUGUUGAUAUGUACACGAGACGAUUGCGAGAGCGUGUGAGAAGAAAACGAAUUGUGAGGGACUAUCAAUUGGUGGCGAAUUACUUUCGACAUAAAAAUCAGACGCUUCCCCGUGUGAGUAAAGACCAAAGAGAAUUUCGUGAUCGAUUCAGGGUGUUUGCUCAGUUCUAUUCGUCAAACGAGUACGAGCGUUUGUUGGCUUCAAUGGAACGCGAAAAGGAGCUACGAAUUCGCUUAUCAGAACUCAGUCGCUACCGCUGGAAUGGCCUGACGAAAAUUGACGAGUGUAGGCAUUUCGAACAACAUGCAGCUAUUGCUCAGCAUCGUAAUUUCGGUCCGUACGGCCACGGGAAGACUGACAAUCACAACACUGGAAAUCGGCACGGAUCGUCCUUGCACUCUCCACACAACAAAAAACAAACAGAACUUCAAAACGCAAACGAGCAAAACUCAAGUUCCACAGGAAAAAACUCCACUUACCACACCGCAGACCAGACUUACUCCGACGUAUUAUCGCUCAACAAAAACUACUUGGAUAGCUGUCGGGGAUCGUCGGGUCAUACGAUGAGCAAUCAAUCGAACAUGACGCCGACCAGCCACCACAACAACUCCCACAGUCAAAGUGCGAACAACAAUCAGAAUUACAAUCUGACAGGAGGAAACGCACACGAAAAACAGGUAACGCCAAUUCCCGACCACACAACAAAAACAAGUCUACAGGCCUCGCAACAACAUCAGCCACUGAGCACUAUUCUCAAAAGCCAACUGGACGAACUGAAACAAUUACCUCAUCCACUGGCCCAGAAUCUGCUCUCCUCGAAUGAGAUACAAUUAUGUAAUAUCUUAAAUCUCCCUCCAACGCAUUAUAUGUCCUUAAAGACGAUUCUAUUGAGUGGCGGUGCACCGCUUACUUCGAACCUUUCGCCUAUCGAAAAUUCUAUCAGAAGGUAUCUUAUUAAAGCUGGAUGGUUGAGCCAUUAAGGACGAUUUUCGUAUUGUUCCCCCAAAAAUUGAACUGAACACACAUUUAAUGCAUAUUUCUUUAAUAUUUAUUAUAGAAGAAUACAAAAUUAUUUUAUUGUUAAUCGGCGAGAUGAUAUAUGUUUUAUUUUUCUUUUAAUUUUUCCUAUUUUAUUUUAAUUAAAUCAAAAUGUAUACUUUUUAAAAAAUUGAUAUUCAAAAUGAAGGAACAUCUUAAAUUCGAUUAAGAUCGAUCAUUCAACCUUUAAGUUCAUCUAAAAACUUUUAUAAAAACAAAUAUACAUAAUAAAAUAUAUAUAGUUGUCAUUUUACGUAAAGCAUUUUCUAUAUUCAUGACACUUGUAUCAAGUUAAUAAGAGUAUAUUAAUAUAAACUCGCCGAUCUCUUAUCAUUUAUUUAAAAAAAUAAUAAUAAUAUUAUAGGCUAGUAGUAAAAUUAAUUAUUUAAAUUGUAUCAAUAUGCAUAAACGAUAUUAAAAACAAAAAAAAAGUAAUUUUUAAAAUAGUAAUAAUUAUAAACAUAAUAUUUUGGCUUCAAUAUUUAAGUUUUCUUUUCUUAUGUUUCUAAAAAAAAAGAAUUAAUUAUCUUUAUUACUAUUAUUGUGCUUUUAGCUUGCAUACUUAAAUUAUAUUGAAAAUUAUGUUGGCGCAAAUUAGAGAAUAGUAUUAUUCAUAAGAAUAAAUAUGAGUUUAUAAAUUUCAAUUAUGUAAAUAAAUAAACGAACAAAACUAAGACAAAAUAAAAUUAUAAGUAUAAAAGAAAA